GCAUUGGAAGCCCCAUUUGCACAUCAGUCUCCAGUUCUGUCUUCUCAAAAUGGGGCAGCUCUAAGGCUGGCACUGUUCUCUUCCUUCUACAGAUCACACUAGCUUGAAGACUGAAAAUACUGACUGGGCAACUCUAGCUGGGCUCCUCUAGUGUACAAUGUUAACACUCUUCCUCCCCUGACAUCAUUCUUCCUUGCCUCCACUUCAAGACCAUGACUGCAGCAAGAAAAAGGAAAGGAGCCCCUGGAGAAUAUGAUGUGCUGAUUGUGUAUGCAAGUGACGCCACUGAAUGGUGUCAGUACCUCCAGAACCUCUUCCUCUUAUCUCGGCGUGUUCGAAAGCAUCGGAUUCUGAGCUACCAGCUGGAAGACGACUCUGCCAUCUCCCACGAGGAGCUGGACCUGUUCAGCAGGAGUCGGAGUAUCAUCCUUUUGCUGUCUGCUGAGCUGGUGCAGAGCUUCUACGUUCCUCACAUCCUGCAGAGCCUUCAGGAAGCUUUAUGGCCCCCGUGCAAAGUAGUCAAGCUGUUCUGUGGUGUUACAGACUGUGAAGACUAUUUGACUUUUUUCAAGGACUGGUGUCAGUGGCAAGAACUCACAAAUGAUGAUGAGCCUGAUGCUUACCUUGCAGCUGUUGAGAAGGUUAUUUCAGAAGACUCAGGCUGUGACUCUGUGACUGAUACAGAAACAGAAGACGAGAAGAAUCCAGCUGACUCCCACAGACUUGCCAUGAGUGAAGAACAUGAAUCAUCCAGGAGCACUGGGGACCAUCCAGUGGUGCAGCCCAGCCGCAUCCAGUGUGGGGUGCAGACAACAGUUUAUAUUAUCAUGAAAUGUAAACUAGAUCGUGAAAUGAAAACUGAAGUUGAAUUUUAUCCAGAGAAUGCGUCCCCUGUGCGUGUGCUGGCUGAGAUGGAGAAUGAGUACACAAUCUCUGUGGAGGCUCCAAAUUUAACCUCUGGGACAGUGCCUCUGAAGAUAUAUUCAGGGGAUUUGAUAGUGGGAGAAACAAGUGUCAUUUACCAUACUGACAUGGAGGAAAUCAGCAGUCUGUUGGCUAAUGCAGCCAACCCUGUACAGUUCAUGUGCCAGGCCUUUAAAAUUGUGCCAUACAGCAUAGAAGCCCUGGACAAAUUGUUGACUGAGUCACUCAAGAAGAACAUUCCUGCCAGUGGUCUACACCUGUUUGGAAUCAACCAGCUGGAAGAAGAAGAUAUGACAGCAAAUCAGAGGGAUGAGGAGUUGCCAACACUGCUUCACUUCUCUGCAAGAUAUGGGCUGAAGAACCUUACUGCCUUGCUGCUAACAUGCCCUGGAGCACUGCAGGCCUACAGCGUAGCCAACAAGUAUGGCCACUAUCCAAACACCAUAGCAGAAAAGCACGGCUUUAAGGAUCUCCGCCAAUUCAUUGAUGAAUAUGUGGAAACUGCAGAUAUGCUGAAAAGUCACAUUAAGGAAGAGCUGAUGCAAGGCGAGGAGGAUGAGUCUGUUUAUGAGUCCAUGGCUCAUCUGUCCACUGAUCUGUUAAUGAAAUGCUCCUUGAAUCCAGGCUCUGAUGAAGAGCUUUAUGAAUCCAUGGCUGGAUUUGUCCCGGGUGCCCCAGAAGAUCUUUAUGUAGAGAUGCUUCAAUCCAAACCAGACACUCCAGUUGCUGGAGAUGAAGUUUCUCUAACUACAAAAGACUCAAUGCUCCGCAAGUUUUUAGAAGGUGGUAGCAUGGAUGUGCCAGAUUCCGGGGAAGGAGGUCACGAGCAGUAUGGUGAAGAUGUGUACUACUCAGUGGAACAAGACCCUUUUCCAAAGGAAAUGGCUAACAGACCUCCAGUUCCUGUUCCAAGACCAGAAUCUAGCUCUCCACAGCCAGACAAUGAGCUGUACAUCUCCAAAAUUUUUGCACAGAAGGCUCAAAGACCUGAGAAUCUUUAUGUCCCUAGAGGAAGAAUUAAGAAAGAGACAAUAGUCAGGCCUGUAAGGGACCUGUCUCAAUCAAGUAUAUAUGAUCCAUUUGCUGGAAUGAAAACCCCAGGUCAGCGGCAGCUGAUUACAUUACAGGAGCAAGUGAAAAUGGGCAUCCUCACUGUGGAUGAAGCUGUCCUUCAUUUUAAGGAGUGGCAAUUGAACCAGAAAAAGAGAUCAGAAUCAUUCCGGUUCCAGCAGGAAAAUCUGAAACGUCUACGAGACAGCAUAACCAGGAGGCAAAUGGAGAAGCAAAAAAAAGACAAAAGUGCAGAUUUAGAAAUUACAGUACCCAUUCGACAUUCUCAUAAUACUUUGGGGAAACCAGAAUGUGGAAUAUAUGAAUACACCCCCAGGAAAAACAUUUUUCCACCAAAAAAGGAGUUAAAACGAGGAGACUGGAAAACAGAAAGCACAUCCAGCACAACAAGUAGUGCAAGUAACCGUUCCAGCACUCGGAGUAUACUGAGUGUCAGCAGUGGGAUGGAAGGGGACAGUGAGGACAGUGAAGUCCCAGAAACAGCAAGGAGCCGCAGCCCAAUUCUUCACCAAGUAGAGAGGCUUCCUUUCCCAGAAAGGCCUCCCAGAGUGCCCCCUCGAGGUGCAAGCAGGCCUGUAAGCUGUGAAGGCUUUUGUCCUCCACCUGUGCCCCCAAGGGGUCGCUGAAUCUCUCAACAUCUGUGGAAUAUGAAUUUUUUUCCUGUUUAUAUAUGCGUUUGUACAGAUUUCUUUUUUUGGGUUGUCUUAAAUUAUUUGUAAGUGGGACCCAAAUGAUUUCAUUCCCUUCAUCUUCCCUGAAGCUCUGGUGACUUCUCCCAUGACUUUCACUGGGACUUUUUGGCGUUCUAUAACCUUUUUUGAGUUGGAAGAAUUUUGGUGCUUUGGGGCUUCAAGAAAAGGUAUCAUCAUUGGGAAGAAAAUUGAUGUGUGUCUUGGGAGCCCUGCACCAACAUGAAGAUGCCAUUUGAUCAAGAAAGCACAUAGCACAUGUGUCAUUUUAGGACCUACAUCCUGAUAAGCACUGUUACCAAACCUCUCAAUACAGUCUAUCAGGGCUUGACUGGAAAACAUGCUUAAAAAGUAAAGAAAGUAAGAUGCUUGAAAAAUGCUCAUUACAGCAGGAGCAGGUGAAUGUACUACUGCUUGGCAUAACAUUUUGGAUAUAACUAUAGUGACCUUUCAGAAGGUGUAGUAUUCCCCUUUAGCAAUCAUUAAACCGUGGGGAGAUGAGAAAUUGUCUUCAAGAAUGUAUUUUGCACACAGCCUUGAAAAUGCCUUUCCUUUUCCUGUUCACCUUGUCUGUCCUCUUCAAGGAGGGGUGUGUGUGCUGUAUUUACCAUGAAAAUUCCCAACAGAGCUGGUAAGGGACCUUUGUGGUAUCAUAAACCAACUGUACUUAAACCUUUUUCAGGCAGGGUGCAGGUAUGGUGUUACAAAAUCACAUGACUGAGCUCUCAAAUUAGAGAAGGAAUUGGUGGCAGUGCUGUGUUCUGUGUCUUUUACAUGUGGUCGUUACAGCAGCAAUAUGAAGGCAUUUCACUUCAUACCCUGGAACAGUAGUGAGUUUCCAAUUAUCAGUGCACACCCCUCACAAAUACCAGCUGUAUUUUAGGUGGCUGCAUUGGAAACAGCCUGGGGGCUGGACUCUGCUGGCUCUACUGUUCCUUUCUGCCAACGUGAAUCUGCAGCAGCUAUGUCCAGACUUUUUUCUGCCUGAGGGCUUACAAACUUAAGGAGGCUUCCUGGUUUGGCUCUCUUCCAGACUUUGAAAUCUUCUGUGCAUAUCCCAGCCCUUGGGGGACAAGUUUAAGGCUCGGGUUGUCCUGUGAGUGACAGAGAUGGAAGUUCUGCAAGAUAACAUUCAGGGUAGAGAAUUAAACAUCCUUGCAUGCUUGGUUUUCAUGGAUGGAAGAGAGGGAAUGGCUUGAAAAACAGGCAGAUACAUCUGUGUUAGGUGAUCCCUCAGGUGUAGGUAGGAUAUGUAGAGCUUCUGUCUGAUCAUGUCAGCCCCCCUUCAUCUGCAGGAGAGCAGGGACAGAGUUGCAGUUCCUUUCUCUUGUAGGGUAGCAAACCCAGUGUGUGAAACUGCAGAAGUGACAGCAACUGUGACUUUACCAGCACUGAAUGAAGGUGGAGGAGCCCCUGCUGCUUUCAGGGAUAUAGGCAUAUGCUAAAUAUCAUCUGUGCAUUAGACUCAUAGGAUUUGGGUGACUCCAAAUGCAGUUCAUAUACCCUCUCCUUUUGAUGGCAGAGGGAUGCAGGUGUUGUGAUGCAAAAAUGGCACAACAGAUACAGAGGUGUCCUUUCUGUUUUGUUUUUUAUUUUAUUUUUUUAAGGAACCUCAGUGCUAUCUCCAUUAACUGCCACUAUAGACUUUCAGUGACAGUUUGCUUUUGUUCACUGUAGCUAGGGGAAUGGUGAGGUGAGAACUGCCUUCCUGCGCUCUUCUUGGAAUGAAACAAGGUUUCCAGCACUAUUAGCUCAAAUUGGAAGGAGGGAGGGAGGUUUUGGUGCUGAAAUGAGUAAAAUAGUAGCAAGGAUAAAUGAAGAAAUUAGGGAUAAAAGAGAGAAACCAAAAGAAGAAAUUCAGCAGCUUGAUUGUCUUUAGCUGUCACAUGCUUUGGUUUGCACACAGCUUCCUGGCUUUGCUCAAAAAUUCCCUAUCUUCUUGGUGCUGACUGCAACUGUGCCCCAGACCUUGGAGCUGUGAUGUGGUAAGAGGAAUUUGUCUGCUUUCACAGCUGCCAGGUACAACAUAAAGUAGAAUUGUAGGAUGUGGGUAAAACUGUAAUAAGGCAGGAAAGGAAGAGCAAAUUAGAUAUGUAUAAGGCAGAUUUUCUUUCAGCAUUGUUGGACUGAAGCAGCCCAAGAGUCCAUCUUUCCAAGCUAAUUUUUAAUUCUGCAUCCCCUCCAUGUUAUAACCAAAUGUCCUCUAUGGGAGGGAUUUAUCUGAGCAUUUGCCUUUGCAGAAUCCUAAUACCAUGGCUGUGAACUGGAUAUUUAUUACUUGUGCUGUGGAGAGACAGUUGUAUCUGAAUUGCUGCAAAGUAGCUCAUGAGUAGCAUUUCAGUCACUCUCCCAUUUGAAGCUUAGACACUCCAUUACUCUGACCUGACCUAUCACAUAAAGCCAGAUGCUUGUGGGGCUCUGGUUUGGAGGUAAGCUGGGAAGAGGGGAGCUGAGCCAUACUAUAAAUAUACUAUGUAUUCUGUUCAGGCCCCUUCUGCACUGCCUACGGGAGGGAAAUUGAAGAUGCAGCUGUAGUUUCAGAUGUUCCUGUCUCACUGCUGCUGGAUUAGUGAGGGAUCUCAGUAACCAACAAUCACUGCAAGGCUCUCACCCUACCGAGGAAAAACGGAGCAGCACUAAAAUGGCUUUACUGUUAGAUGCAGGUAGACAAUUGGAUGCAGGCAUGUCUUUCAAGCCUCUACAGGCCAACAGCAAUGCACCUGCUUAGCCACUGAAGUGUGUGUUCCACACAGGUUGGAUUCAUCUAGUUGCUUUCAGCCUCUUACAUUUCAAUGCAUGAAGCCCCUGUAUCUGUAUUUUGUGCUGGUAAGCACGUGGUGUAUGUUGCUUCCAUCCAGGAUGAGAAAUGCACCGAAAGUGAAGAUCAGAAGAGACCAGAGAAGAAAAGAGCAUGCAUGCAGCUUAGUGAUUGCUGGUUAUUUAAGAAUGCGCUUGGGAGGGAAAGUGGAAAGGGA